CUCUGUUCUAACUCGUGGUUGAGAGAACUGAGGCAAAGCAGCAACGCAGACUGAGAGCUGAGGAGGCUGAACAUGAAGAGAGGCCACGAAUUGAAUGGGCCAUGGAGAGUGAGCUGUACGCUCAUACUUACUGCAGUGGUGGUCUCUCCAGAUCAGAACAGAAGCAUGUUGGCAGAAGAAUUUAAUAUAAGUUGCAGAUAUGGAGGAGUUUUCCAUGUUGAGAAAAAUCGUCGCUACAAUCUCACACGAGAUGAGGCAGUUGAACUCUGCAAAGCUCUCAAUAGUACCCUGCCAACAAUGGACCAGAUGAAGAAAGCUCACAAUUUAGGAUUUGAAACUUGCAGGUAUGGUUACAUAGAAGACAAAAUUGUAAUCCCACGAAUCAAGCCAUAUUUUCUUUGUGCAGCAAAUAACACUGGAAUUUACAUACUCACUUCAAAUAUAACAGACCGGUAUGAUACAUAUUGUUAUAAUGCAUCGGAAACCAGGGAAAAAGCAUGUGAACCAAUCAUAAGACUAGAUGUUUCUGGGCAUGAUAAUCAAAGCCAAAUAGUCAUAGAUAAUGCAGAUGGCUCACGUUACACUGAUGGUGUGAAACACACUGACCCAACUCCAGUUACAGAUGAUAAUCAUGUGGGUAGUGGGUCAGUACAUGACGGAGAUGUAACAAACCCCACCAUCAUCGGAUCUCACAUAACUGGUGCCUCACCUUAUGGAGAUAUAACCCCAGAUGCACUGUCAACAGAUUAUUCUUCUGGGUCGGGCAGAAAGGAAGAUCAUCCCACAAGUACCAAUGAUAUUGCAACAUCCUUCGAUCGCAAGUGGGGUGAAGAUUCAACUAUUAUUUCACUGAUAACUGAUGGUGUUCCUGGAAAAGACAAUGAUCAUCCUAGCAAAGGACAGCAUCCCACAAGUACUAAUCUCAGCUCACAUGAUGAUGGUGCAGAUGGUGAAGACUCAACACAGUAUCCCUUAACACCAGUAAUUUCCCUUGGAGGGGACAACAGUGAUGACAAGGAACAGCACUCUCCAAGUAGCACUGUGACCUCGCAUCAUGGUGCACAUGAGGAAACUUCCACCCAACAUGAGGGGAAUCCGUCCCCUGACAUUUGGUGGGGGUCCACUACAGAUAACAAGGAGCAGCAUCCAACCACAGCAACUAACGAUAAGGAUUCACAAGAAAAUGAAACAGAUGAUGAAGAUUUACUACAAGAUCCAUUACACUCUGGAUGGGACACAAAUGAUGACACGGAACCGCACUCUCCAGUUACCAAUGUGGAUUCCCAUGGUGAUCCUAAGCGUAUAGAAUCAACCCAAGAUCCUUUGUUACAUAAUGUUUAUUUUGGAAUGGACAAAGAUGAGGACAAGUAUCCCACAAACACUACUGUGGAUAGUGUGAAGCCUGCACUUUUCCCUGCAAAGGAAAGAGAUCAUUCUUCUUCAAGUGUGACUGUGAAUAAUGAAAUAGGACGCAACACAUAUACUCCUACAGCAGUUGUGGUCUCCAAUGAAGAUGCCAAAAAUGAAGACGCAACCCAAGAUCCUUUGUUGCAUAAUGUUUAUCUUGGUGUGGAAAAAGAUGAGGACAAGUAUCCCAUAAACACUACUGUGGAUAGUGUGAAGCCUGCACAUUUCCCUGUAAAGGAAAGAGAUCAUUCUUCUUCAAGUGUGACUGUGAAUAAUGAAAUAGAACGCAACACAUAUACUCCUACAGUUCUGGUCUCCAAUGAAGGUGCCAAAAAUGAAGACGCAACCCAAGACCCUUUGUUGCAUAAUGUUUAUCUUGGAAUGGACAAAGAUGAGGACAAGUAUCUCACAAACACUACUGUGGAUAGUGUGAAGCCUGCACAUUUCCCUGUAAAGGAAAGAGAUCAUUCUUCUUCAAGUGUGACUGUGAAUAGUGAAAUAGGACGCAACACAUAUACUCCUACAGUUGUGGUCUCCAAUGAAGGUGCCAAAAAUGAAGACCCAACCCAAGAUCCACUGCUGAAUGGGGCUCAUCCUGGAUGGAGCGAUAAAGUCAAGUAUUCUACAAAUACUACUAGGAAUGAUGUAUUACCUGGAGUUAUUCCUUCACAUGGAAGUGAACAUUCAACUACAGCUAUGGUCUCCAAUGGUGGGGCCAAACAUGAAGACUCAACCCAAGAUCCACUACUGCAUACUGUUCAUCCUGGUUGGAGCAAUGCAGAGAAGUAUCCCACAAAUGUCACUAGGGAUGAUGUGCUGCCUGGAAUUAUUCCUCCGAGUGAAAAUGAUCAGGAAAAGGAAUCUUCUCAUACAGCUGUUACCUCCAAUGAUGGUGCCAUAUAUGAAGACUCAACCCAUGAUUCACUGCCUCCAGAUAAUCAACCAGGAUGGGGCAGUGAGGACAAAUAUCCCACAAAUACCUCCAGGGAUUAUGUCAUACCUGGACUUAUUCCUGAAAAUGAAGAUGAGUCUUAUACAGCUGUGGUCUCCAGUGAUGGUGCCACACAUGAAGACUCAACCCAAGAUCCAUUGUUGCACAGUGUUCAUCCUGGCUGGGGCAAUGAAGACAAGUAUCUCACAGCUACCUCUAGGGAUGAUGUGCUACCUGGAAUUAUUCCUACAAGUGAAACUGAACAUAAAAAUGAUUCUUCUCAUACAGCAGUGGUCUCCAAUGAUGGUAUCAAACAUGAAGAUUCAACUAAAGAUCCACUGACACCUGGCAUUCAUCUUGGAGGGGAUAAUGAAGACAAAUAUCCCACAAACAAUCCCAUUGAUAAACCUGGAGUUUUUUCUGACAUUGAAAGUGGACAUGGCAGAGGACCAGCUUCUACAGUCACCAGUUCUACACGUAACAAACACGAUGGCAGAAGAGCAAAUCCAUCUGGACAGGUCACAGAACCAAACAUAACUUCACAGCCAAGAUCAGCCCAAAUUCCAGAAUGGCUGAUCAUAGUGGCUUCUCUUCUGGCACUGACAUUGAUUCUGGCAGUCUGCAUUGCUGUCAACAGUCGGAGCAGAUGUGGGCAGAAGAAAAAGCUAGUGAUUAACAAUGGCAAAGGGUCAGUGUCAGAUAAGAAGAUGGGUGGACUGAAUGGAGAAGCCAGCAAAUCUCAAGAAAUGGUGCACUUGGUACAUAAAGAACAGCCAGAUAAUCGAACAGGAUCAUGUGAUGAAUUCCUGACCACAGACGAAACGAAAAAUCAGCAAGAGGCUAACAUGAAGACUGGGAUGUAAUUAGUGUUGGUUCAUCUUGUAGAUCGAGAGUUGGGGAAAUCAAAAUCACAUGGAACUGGGCCUGGAACUCACAGAUGCAAUGUGCUACUGAUGUCUUUUGAGCAUAAUUAAGCAUACAUUUUAUUCUUUUUAAUAUUUUUAAAAAUCAGGUCCAAAUUUUUAAAAAUUGACAUUGCUUUCUGAUAUAAGUGCCUGAGACUUGCAUAAAUUUGGCAGUUCCCAUUUCCUACCUGGAAGACACUUAUAUGUAAGGAGGGAUGUUAGUUGAAAUCAUAUUUUCUCCAGUUGAGGCACCUUCACUAAGUGGAUAUACAGAAAUAUCUAGUCACUCCAUCUCAAAGGCAUUUAUGAUACUAAAUUUACAUAGUAUGAGCAUAAGUGAGGAAUAAACAUCUAGAGAGAAAUAGAGUUAAAGAAAAAAGGGCUUCUGUAGAGUUUAUAUUACCCUAGAGUCUUUUAAAAUCACCUUUCAGCCCUGCGGAGUUUGUCAGGUACAUUCAGGAUCUGCUGGUAUAGGCAAACUGUGACAUUUUAGAUUACAUCUUAGAUUACAACUAGGGCUACAAUGAGAGAACCCCAAAGGACAAAACUAUUUAUCUCUAUUUUUUAAAUGCCCAUGGAUAUAUAAUGUCAAUAAUUUUUAUUGGGGCAAGUGGGAAAAGACAUGAAAACUUGAGCUGAUACAUAAUAAACUUCUAUUCUUUAUUAUCUUAACAAUCUGUGCAGUUAUCCUUCAGUUUCAAAACUGUCUGUUGCUGUUCCCCCCCCAUCAAUCAUAUUUUGAGUAUGUUCCCUAGUGCACCUUGUUAGUUAAGUUGACAAAUAAAUGCAGUGACCACAACUCAAACACAUAUUUCAAAACCUAGCAGUAGGAAAUGAUCAAAUAAGAUGGCAAUAUUUUGUUUCUUGCAGAAUAGGGCUCUAUCUAUCCCUGCUCUCAGAUUUAUCAUAAGAUGUUGAGCUUAGCACAACCUGUUUUUUUUCCCAUAAUGGUUGCAUGUUACACUAUCUUGCUGAUAUUUUAACAGUCAAAUUAAAAUUAUGUGAUGUUCUCUUUUGGAUUCUACUUCCGCCAUCUUUUUGUUUAAACUCUGCUUAUUAAAAAUGCCAAGAGAAAUAUUGUUCACUUGUUGAAACAAGAAGUUGGAAAACUGCAUAAAGAUCAAAGAAAAUGAAAGAAAACUAUUUCAACAACAUAAAAUAGCUGCAGCUGCACUGACACAUGCUUCCAUCCCCUUUGUACAUCCCAUUUAUGUAAAGUAUUUGUGUAAACUAAGAUGGCGUGCAGUAACGUACACUGAAUUGAUUGUAUAUAUUAUCAGCAAGAAAUCGAAUUACCAGCAAUAGUCUAUCCAACUUCACUUUAAGGAAAAAUCUAAGUAAAAACAAUUCAUUAUGUAUUAUGCACCAUGGGAUGGGAACUGUUAAAUGUUUAGUCAGUUAAACAAAAUAGUCCCAUUCACUGACCAUGGAUCCUUAAUGAACUGAGAAGAGCCCACUAGAGUCAUUUAUUUUAAUUUCCUUUUUGAAGAAACUUCAGCAGUCAAAAUUUCAGCUAGAAUUGUCUAAUAUUGUGCUUUAUUCGUACCACUGUGCAUGAAAUUGCUGAGGUUGUGUUUCUCAGUGUAGAUCUUUAGCAGCUCUCCAUAAGUGUUUGUUUAAUGACAUACUGUAACUUGGUAACAUUCUCAGGCAGAUUGCCAUGGGUGAAAUUCACCCUUGUGCAAGAGGGCCAGCAAAGCAUGACUUAAUUUGACUGCUUAAGUGGCAUAUGUGCUGGCCCACUGAACAGGGAUGUUUCAUAUAUAGAAAGUCACAUGUUUGUGGGCUGUAUUUGAUCAUACGCUUUGAAGUCAAUGGAGUUAUACCUGUUUACAUCAUCAGUAAAUACGGUCCAAUGUCAACAUUCUCAUCCCAUCAUGAACAUACAUAACUCACUUAUGCUGUGGGAUAUUUGUUUCCUUCAGGCAUUUUUCAUUCCUGAAGUAGGUUUUGACAGUGUUUUCCAUCAGCCAUUGUAAAUCGGAAUGGUCUCUUGAAGGAUGCAUUUAAAUGGGUACUGUGCAUAAAAUUUGAUCAAAGCAGAGAGUCAGAACAAGGCCUAUUCACCUCUUGAAUCCUAGCUGAACAUAGGGUCUCUACAAAGACCUCUUUAAGUACAGGCUUUGGCAUGUUACACAUUCGAAUUCUUACUCUAAAGAGGAGUAUACCUAUUUAGAUAUUUAAAGGGGAAAUCUGCCAUUUCCUUCCCAGAUUACUCAAUUUUAGUAUCUAGAAUGGCAAGGACAUCAAGACUUGACUUCUUUGGAGGUUUGCUUUUUUAUUUUUUUGAUAAGGUGGCAUAAAAUCUCUACUACAGAAGCAGUGCCAUUAUUUUAUAUAUGCAAAAGUGAUUCAUAUUAGAUGUCAUGUGCCACAUGUGUAAUUAAUUUGCAUUAUAGUUUCAAAACUAGAUUGUCAUUUCAUGCAUAUAACAAUUGUUUGUACUGAGGUGGAGUUUUUAUUGUUUGGGGACUUUUUUUGUUUAUUACAGAGCACCCUUGAUAUAUUUGUAUAUUUAUUAACUGAUUAAUUAGAAGGAAGAAGGAAUCAUCUCAAAAUUUUAACCAGAGACAUGGAAAAAAAGUAAAUUGAGCUUCCAAAAAUAAAUUUGAUUCUAAAUUAAGGGAAAAGAUAAGACUGGCAUUAUUAUAAGCUAGGGGUUUGGGGGUUUUUUUGUUUUGCUUUGUACCAGUGAGCCACAGGUCUAUUUACAUGGUUGUAAACCCUAGGCUACACCCAGCUGAAACUCCCUGUACUCUUGCAUGCUUUACUAACAUUGUGUGUGGGGUUUCCAAGCAUUCAUUCAUCUAGGGGAAAAGCUCAGCUUGGCAGUUGAAAUGGGUGGUUUGGCUUCUCUAGAAAUUGGAUGAUGAGUCUAAUUCUCAUCUCACCUAGAGCUGAAUCCUGUAAGAUGCUGGCCUCCUAUUGAAGUCAGUGGCCAUUGAGGGGGCUCAGCACCUAAUGGAAUCAAGCCCUUACAUCUGUGUCACACCAGUGAAAUUCCACUAACUUAGAUCGAUUUGGUGUGUGCAUGGGCCCAAAUAUUUUUUGCUGGCACCACUUAAUUUUCCAGUGAGAUGGGUUUAAAAAGCAAAGUAUAGGGCAACCUUGUAAGCAGCAUAUGGUGUUCAAUUACCUCAAACAAUGCUGAAAAUAAGAAAUAUAGCCAAUACUUGAAUUUACAUGGAAAGGUUAUCUAAAGCACCGAGUGUAUGAAGAGUGAGAGGUGACUAUAAUCGCUCUCUUUCUGAUCAAUGAUUUCACCCAUGUUUUCUGGAUGAUUUAUAAAGAACGGUUUAUUGAAGCAGAGAAGUGAGAAGGGUUACAUUAUGUUAAAAAGCUUUAUGGUAAGGGAGUGUUUUAAAUAUUUUCCACAACGUCUGUGGGAAUCAGAAUUCCAGUAUGAUAUUUUUAUGUUUUUUCUGGCAUCUCAGGGAUGUUUUUUGUGUGUAAUUUGACAGUAACAAGAACCUACCCCUGUAUUAAAUAGCUUGGAAGGAUUUAGCAUGCUGAUGGAGACUUCCAAAGAGAUCAUUACCAGGGCCCUGAUAUCCACAGAAUAAUGGAGCUGUGCAGAGACAGAGACUCCCCCCUUAAUUAACCUUUCUAUGGCUCCAGGAAAGUAACUAUUUCCCUCUUAGAAUUAGUUGUGAGACCCAGGAGACUUAGGGCUUGUCUACAUUUAUCAGGGAUCAACACUAUGGCGAUUGAUUUAGCGGGUCUAGUGAAGACCCAUUAAAUUGACCACAGAUCGCUCUCCUAUCAACUCUGGUACUCCAUCAGAAUGAGAAGAGUAAGGGGAGUCAACAGGAGAGUGUCUCCCAUCAACAUAGUGCACUGUGGAUCCCGCGGUAUCUAAGCUAUGUCGAUUUGAAUUACACUACUAACAUAAUUCAAAUUGCAUAGCUUAGAUCAUCUUUCGCCCGUAGUGUAGACAAGGCCUCAAAGAAACUUCAUUGAGCCAGUAGUUGUGGGGACUAUUUUGAUUUAGAAUGGCCUCUUGGGGGAAGUUAUUCAAUACUGCAGCCAAAAGCUUUUACUUCAUCUUAGUAAGCUACUCAUGGCUCCUACUACUCUAGUUGUAGUUGAUUAGACUGAAUUAGAUUUGAUACUUUAUAUUUAGAUAAAUAUAGACACAGGUGAUAGAUCUGGAUACUGAUUAGCUUUCUGAUAUAGGGAAAAAUAUGUUGAAACCCAAAGUUGCUGGGGGUGAAAUCAUGCCUCCAUUGAAGUCAGUGACAAGUCUCCCAUUCACUUUAAUGGAGUAAGGUGUUUUGGGGAACAGAGCUUAAUGUGAUUAGGACGAGAGAGAGAAUGCUGUAGGCAGCAAGAAGUUUGUGAGAUAGUUAAGAGAAGUGGUGCAGUGAGAGUGAAAUCUCUAUGUUGCUCACUGGAAAAGUCCCUUCACCAGAACUGGUACUUAGCAGCUGACACUUGAACAUGUAAUUCUAGGCAAAAAACCUGAACUGAUCUUUCCCAAUGAGCUUUCCUCCCACUUUUUGUAAGCUGAAUGUGAGAUCUCUCCCACUCACAGCUCAUCUAGUUAUUACUAUGCCAGGUGGCAAGCAGUACAUGUCUGCAGUUAAGAACAACUGCUUUCCCUACUCAAAGUAAAGAAAACUCAAAGUGUGAAUUUGGCAAAGAGGACUAAUGAUGCCCUUUAAAUAUGGUUCAGAUUAUACUUUUGUCUUCAUUAUCUCUAUUUAAAGCUAUUGUUAAAGAUGUACUUUCCCAGUGCUUAACACACGGCUUCUGGAACUGUCCAUGCCAAUACUUUCUGGCACCUAUUAUUAUGUUUUUAAAGUUUACUCAGGCUAAGCAGGUUUGGGGUUGUUGGUUUUUCCCUUUUCAUGGAGGAAUUAUGGAGUUUCACCAGUUAACAUGGAAUGAAAAUCCACUUUUGUAUGCAUGCACACUGCCCACAUUCAAGUCCACUGUGAAUAUUGAAUAUUUCCCAGUACUGCAAUUUUUGGAAAGUAGUGAUGAUAAAAAGUUGCUGUUUAUCAAAAGUGUCCUCAGUCAGAGGUGGCCUCCUGCCCUCAAGAACUCGGAUUGUUUUUCAAGGGGAAAGGCAAUUGAAGUCAAUGAAAGCUCUACUUACAGUCAGCAUGUGUUCCACGGUCACCUGGAAAACAUCUAAACAGUGGCAUUUGCCUGUAAGCACUGCUUAAAGCAGGGGUAGGCAACUAUGGCACGCGUUCUGAAGGCGGCACACAAGCUGAUUUUCAGUGGCACUCAUGCCGACCAGGUCCCGGCCACCAGUCUGGGGGG